GUCUUCAUUCAUAUUUCAUCUCAUUUCAAUAUGUUUUGUUGUCUUGUGUUAUGUAAUUAUGUUAUCUGACAACCCUACCAAUACCAUCCCUCUUCUCUGCUUUCCCAUAUCUCUCUUUUUUCUUCUUGUUAUCUUAUCAUCUCCUUUUUAAGUAUCACCUCACUCAUUCACUCUCUCUCUUUAUCAUACAAAAACCUUUCCACCCUUCUUCCCAAUCACACUACUACUUGCUUUCCUUUGCUUGCAUAUAUCAACUUCUUUUCUACUAUAUUGCUUAUGUAAGUAAAGUAACUACAUCUUUGUGUAUUGAAAUUUAGAUCUAAGUUGUGAGUAUCAACAUGGAGCUUAAUUUGAUGUGACGGUUUCAUCAUGAUAAGCUAGUCCAAGUGUGACAUUUGAUCUAUUCAAUUGGCUUAUGUAGAAGAACUUAUAGCUAUUUGAAGAUACAUAUAAAUGAUGACUCCAAAUUUAAACUUGGAACCUGAAAACCCUUCCGAAGCGCCUCAAGAUCUUGAUUCUAUGACGCUUGACUUGACACUCAAUAUCAGUUCGAGUGAGGGCGAGUUUAAGGGUUCAAGUGAUGCUAGCAGUGAAGUGGGAGCUGCUCAUGCGUCGCCAUCGGUAACUCCAAGGGUUUUCUCUUGUAAUUACUGCAAAAGGAAAUUCUUUAGCUCACAAGCGUUAGGAGGUCAUCAGAACGCUCACAAAAGGGAGAGGACGAUGGCUAAACGCGCGAUGAGAAUGGGAAUGUUUACCGACAGGUAUACAAGCCUAGCAUCUCUACCUCUUCAUGGUUCGCCUCUUCGGUCUCUUGGCGUUGAAGCUCAUGGUGCAAUGCAUCAAAGAAGACAUAUGCAACCGUCAUCAUCAGUGGCGGCUCCUGAUAUGGGAGCUGCUGCGAAAUUCAAUAGAAACCAUUUCGGAUCGGUAGUUUUCGUGGAAGAUGAGGAUGUAAGUUUCUUUUGGCCUGGAAGUUUUAGACAGGUGGAUCAGGGAGGUGGUGUUAAUGUUGGAAAUUCUAGUUUUGCUCCAAUGGCUCCUCCUCCACCACAAGCAUCUACAUCUCCUGAUCUCACUUUGAAGCUAUAAGAUUCAAGAGACGAUACGAACACAGGUAAACCUUUUCAUAAGGUGUUAGUUCAGAAUUAGUAAGAGUUUGACCGUAUAAUCUCAAGGAUCGAAUACAAUUCCCGGAAACAAUUGUAAAAUAGUCAUUAGAUAAACCCUUCACAAAAUAAUGAGUUAGUGAUUGUAAGAAGCUGUGGAUUCAUUGUUUAACAGUAGGCCAAAAAUUCUCAAUCACUCAUUCAUUAUUAUUGUUAGUUUUGGUGAGGGGUUUAUUAUGACUUUAUGUAGGUUCUGUCCUGUGCAUGUAACAUUUUUAUUUAAGAUUAUUUUGUCUUUGAUCU